GAUUGUCUGCGCGCCCACUAUCCUUCCGCCUUCGCCUCCUCACUGUCCGCGCGCCCGCGACUGUCCUUACUGCGACAAUCCAUAAAGUCACAUCUCCACCUGGAAAGCAUGUACGACUUGCCCAAGCGAUACGACCGGUAACACUGAGUCAAACGCUUGCCAGUCGCUCACCAUGAGCGCUUUCCGAGAUAUCAUGUCCAUAGUCGGACCUGGAGGAGCGAAGAUAACAGCCGCAUCCAAACAAUUGCAAUCGCAGCCUGCUGGGGCCUCGAAACAUACCCCGCGACCAGCUGCUGACACGAACGGGGCGACGCCAGCACCACAGCUCAAGCGCAAGGCAUCAGGAACAGCAGACAACAGUCAAGUCAAGGUUCAGCGCAAGGACAGUCCAGCUCAGUCUGUGCAGUAUACUGGCACUGCUCGUCCAACCGCGACUCCUGGAGCAGCAAGGCUAAGCCAAUCUACUACAACAACCGUACCAUACCGUGGAACAGCAGCACCAUCGUCGACCAAACCCGCAAACACCAUCGCAAAGAAGCCUACGGCGCCCGCAAGUACAGCAGCUGCCCCACGAAAAGCGACCCCCCCUACCCCGAAGCCUGCUUCUACAGCCACGACAUCGACUACUGCAGCUCCCGCAUCAAAGCCCAAAGGAUACCUGGCAUUACUUCAAAAAGCUAAAGAGAAGGAUCUUACCAAACCUGCUGCGCCUCCGGUCACCGUUGCUGCAAAAGGUUUCAUUCCAACAAAGAAGGAGCGCUUGGCACUCAAGGCUGAGGCAAGUGCAGCUAAGGGGAAGAAGCCAGGCGUGGUACCAGCAGCAAAGGCUGCAGAUGUCAAGGGCGAUGCUUCGAAGGUCCAUCGUAAGCCAGCAGAAGUAGGUUACCAGGGCACAGCACGUCCAGCCAAGACCGCUGCACCCAUCGGGUAUAAAGGAACCGCUCGCCCUCAGAGUACCACCGCACCGUCUAGUAGGGGUGGAACACCCGCAGUCAAGCCGAAGCCGAAGCCAGAAAAGGGUCGUUACGAUGGCUACGCCGACUGGUCCGAUCUUGACGAUAUGAAAGACGACGAAGAGGACGACUACGCCUCUGAUGUUUCAUCUGACAUGGAGGGUGGCAUGUGGGAUGUUGAACAAGAAGAACAACUGGCACUCAAGGCAGCAAAGAAGGAGGACGCGGAAGCAUUAGCGGAAGAAAUGAGGCUCAAGCGCGAAAAAGAAGAGAAGAAGCGGAAGCUCAUGGCACUGUCGAAAGCAGCAGCAGCUAAGAAGAAGUACUGAUUUCUUUUCUCUCCCUUUGGCGUUUAUACGAUUAUACGGCAUACCAUACCAGGAUACGGGGCGUUUUCUGCAUUUGGGCGACUGCAUAGCUAUGGAGCGGAUUGCAUUUCUCCGACACAGGCGCAUACACCGGUGCGUCCGGGCUUGGAUCAUCAACGAUUGUGUUAUUACAGUGAGUCCUUAUAGAUGAGACCACACCUAUUGCAUAGUUCGGGAGAUUGUUGGUGACAGACCUCAGUCACAAAUACGACUACGAACGAUUGUGCAUAUUGCAAUCACACCACCAUCUUCAUAUUGCUCAAACAACUCUUUGG